CAUUCAGUGUGUCUUGCUAAUGUAAACAAUAUCACAUAGGAAUACACAUUAACCAAGUCUUAGCUACAUACUACGAUACAUCCAACCAAAAAGUGUGGCGUUAUUGCUUUUUGUUUGCACCUCAUAUACAGUCCAAUAAUCGUGACUCAACGGUAUUGUUAUCAGCAGAUUACAUAUGACAGUUUUAGGGCGUAGCUUAGCUUGCUGUGCCUUCACAUCCCCUGUCCUCAAUGUUUUUGCAGUUUUGAGUUUCUGACUUUGGCUGCGUUUUUGACAGUAGGAUUCAUAUUCCACUCUGGUUUGUUCUGUUGUAUUAUUCCCUAUUUAUCUUAUUGAUCCAGUGUUUUAAGGUCUUUGUCAAGAUGCAUGUACUGCUUCUCAAAGAGCCAAGAGAUGGAGAAUCUGGACCUGAUCCUUACAUUAAGGAGCUGGCAUCACAUGGACAUAAAGGAACCCUUAUUCCUGUGCUGUCUUUUAAGUUCAUCUCAUUAAACACCUUGUCAGAUAAGCUUUUCCAACCUGAAAAACAUGGAGGCCUUAUAUUUACCAGUCCAAGAGCAGUGGAGGCUGUGAAGAUAUGCUUAGAAGCAGAAGAAAGGAUGGAAGAAUGGAACAGCUCUGUGAAAGAUAAAUGGAACACCAAGUCCAUCUAUGUGGUUGGAAAGGCAACUGCUGCAUUAGUACAAAAUUUGGGUCUGAAACCAUUGGGCGAGGACACAGGGACAGCAGAGGUCCUAUCACGUGUGAUCAUUGAACGAGAAGACACAAAUAUUCCACCACUUUUUUUCCCCUGUGGCUCAAUCAAAAGGGAAGUCUUGCCGACGGCUUUAAGGGACAACGGAGUGCCCCUGGAGACGCUGACUGUCUAUCAAACAGCUGAACAUCCAGAUCUGGAGAAAAAUCUAAAGAACUAUUUCACAGAGCAGGGCACUCCAGCCAGCAUAGCUUUCUUCAGUCCGUCAGGAGUGAAGUUUUGCCUAGAAGUGGUGCGGAGGCUGUCAGGUGAACAGCUGACUCAAAUAAAGUUUGCAACCAUAGGGCCUACUACACAAGACGCUAUGACUGCAGAAGGCCUGUGUGUCAGCUGUACUGCAGAAAAGCCAACACCUGAACACCUGGCAGCAGCGAUAGCCAAAGCUCUACAAUAACCACCCACAGGCUCUUGAAUCCAUCCACUUUAUCUUCUCUAUGUAUAUUCUGUAUUAUUCAUGUGUAUUGUCAUUUGUCUGUGUUACUUUACUGCCCAUCUUUCCAGUUUUAUAUGUAUAUCAGCUGUUUUUUUGGAAAAAAAAUGGAAACGAAUGUAAUUAUAAUUCUAUUUGUAUUAAGCUUGCUCAGGAAGGUAAACGUUUAUUUUUGAAAAUAAACUUUGGUCAAUGUGGUAAAACAAA